GGCGAGCGACGGAAGAGUGAAAAAUUGAUUUUUCUGCUCUCCCGGCGGCGGGGGCUCGUUUGGUGCUGCUUGCUCUGCGAUCCUUGCACUUUUAGUUCGCGCGAGUGUGUGGGUGCUUGUGUGUAUACGGAGUGCAGUUUCCGAGGACAUUUUCCGCCUGUUGUCGCGAAACGAGCCCGUUUUUUGGCACCGAUAAUAAAACGCAACAAAGGCGGACACGGAAAGAAAUCGAGCAGGAACCAUGGAUGCACUACUGGAUGAAGUGGAGUCCCUGGAGGCGAUCCUGAUGGAUGACGUUCAGAUUACGAGAAACUCUAGCGGAUUUCCGGAGUUGAUUGAAACGACCGUCUUUCCGACGGUCGGCGAAGAGCUGAACUCCCAAUACGUUUGCAUCACACUGCAGGUGAUGCCGGUUCCGGGCUAUCCGGAAGUGCGGCCCCCGAACAUAAAGCUAAAGAAUCCGCGUGGGCUGGAUGAUGGGAUCAUCGGUUUGAUCGAUGCGGCAGUGAAGGACAAGCUGAGCGAGUCGCUCGGCCAACCGGUGGUGUUCGAUCUGAUCGAUCUCAUCCGCGAGCAGCUGACCGAGAGCAACUUACCUAGCGGCCAGUGUGUGAUCUGUUUGUACGGGUUUCUCGAGGGAGACCAGUUCACGAAGACGGCAUGUUACCACUAUCUGCACAGUCACUGUUUGGCCUGCCACAUUAACGCGUCACGGCGCAACUACGAGGAGGAGCGCGAGAAACUGCCGAUCUGGAAGCGCAAGGAGGCGAAACCGUUCCAGGCGCAGUGUCCGGUCUGUCGGGAACCGAUAGACGUGGAGGUCGAACCGCUAGCCGGUUGUCGGCCGCCGGUCGAGCGUGAAAAUGCACCCAAGUUCCGGCUGACGGAUGAGUUGAAGUCGCUGCAGGCACAAAUGACCAGACUGUUUAUGCACCAAAAAAAUCGCGGCGGUAUCAUCGAUCUGGACGCUGACGAGGGCAACGUGAUCGCAAUCGAAACGGAACCACCAAACGGGGAGGUGUCGAAGAAUACAAACGAACUGUCCUCUGUGGCCGCUGUUCCGGUGGAAACACUUCGCAACAGCAGCGCUUCAUUGCAGCAAGCACAGGGAAAAGGAAAGCAGCCGCCCGCUCCCAAGGGAUCUGGUUCAAAAGGUGCCAAAGGUGGUGGUGGCAAUCGCCAUUCUUCGGUCGCUGCCGCUCUGAGUGGCAGCUCCAACCCGGCGCUGGCGAAUGGGACCGAAGAAGAAUCCGGUUACGGUUGCAGCGAUCCGGCAUGUACGGGCUCACAAAUUGAGCAUCAUCGCGGUGGGCAUCGCAAUCGUCGCCAUAACAACCACCAUCACAACCACAGACACGCCCGGCAUGCAUACCAUAGCCAUCACCACCAUCACCAUCACGGUGGACGGGGAGCGAACGGUGGUGCCGUCGCCGGUGCUGGAUCGACCGGAGGCGGCGGAGCAUCCUCGUCAUCGGCGGCCACGGGUGGCUCGGCACCGAAGAACUUAACCACUCCCUGUACCUCCGAUGCCAGGUGACAAAUCGAGUUGCUGCAACGGCAUGAGCUGCAACUGCAUCGCCACUGUUUCACCGCAAACCAUCUGCGAUCGCAGCAAGCGCAACCCCAACCGCACCGGGAUGAUGGCCACAUGGCCAUGAGACCGCUGCUGUUGAUAUAACAUUUAAUCCACUGCAAACGUAAGCCGCUUCUUCUCGUCCUCGGUGUCCGUGAUGUAGAUGCUACGAAUAAUGCUACAAUAAUCGUUACCCAUACCGCUAAGAUGAUGAUGCCCAGCAUUAGCACAGCAGACGCUGGUUGUGUUAGUUUUCCCAACCGAUCGAGGAUCACGCUAAGCUCUCUGGACGAUCAUUCGUCAGCGUUCGUUCGAAGGCAGCCGGAAUGGUCGGUUGCGCUGAGCGAUUUUAAUGCCAAGGAUGGUGCGGAACCAUUCGUGCUUCGAUUUACUUCCACUUCCCAUCGGCAGGAGAGAAAAGCGAUGCAGAGUGAGGAUACGUAUCAAUGCUACAGUCAGGUGCAGAAGGAACCACAAUCUGCGCCAUCGGCAGCAGCCCGGAAGAAGGAGGCCGCUUCUUUGGUUUGCAUGCUUCCGUUCUUGCACUGGCUGAUCUUCCUCAGCGGUACUCGAGGGUACGAUCAGUUCACCGCUUCAGUUCCACUUUGCACCGUUGCGUUGGCUUCAGGCUGUAGUUAGUCGGAGCCCGGUAGUCUGACCCGGGCUUCGACUAAGCAAGGAUAACAAUGCUGUGAGUGAGAGAUUUUAAUUUAUUUACCGGUUGCUCCUCCCUGCCCGGGGGGUUCAUCCCAACGAUCGUUAGAUUUAGUAUCGCGAUAGGUAGAGCUUAUGAAGAGGGUAUAUUUUGCGCUGUGCGAAAAACGUCGCCUAGUGGAAGGUUUUCUCGGUUAUUACUCUAGUGGUAGAUUAAGUUAUCUUAAGUUCGAACGAGACGUACAAAGUCGUAACGUGUGCACGAUGAUUGGAUGCGUGUCUGGGUUGCGUGGUUUUUGAAUCGAUUGUUUAUUUUUAAUCUAAAAGCUGGCAGCACUCCCCUUCUGUCUGCCAGACACCAAACACUGCGUUCAGUUGGCAUGCGAAGACUGUUCAAGGGAAUAAUGUUGAGCUCAAAGGAGACAGAAAUGGGCUGCAGAUGCGCCCUGUGCAAUAGAGAUGUUUUGCAGUAGUUUUCCUAUUUUUCUAUAUUUACCUAUCGAAUCUCUGUACAUUUUUAACAAACAAUCGAUGUUUCUUGUCCAUAACACAUCAAUGAACGCGUAUCGUGGGUGCCAAAGCAAAAGACCCGAAACAAAAAUUCAGAAAACUUUUGUAGUUGUAUAGCAAACUCGUCUCCUCGUUGGGUCACAGAACGUGGGCCAAUCUAUCCAUCCUCCCUGACUGGUGAAUGUUGCCAUGUUGGAAAGCCGGUCGGAUGCUCAGACGGAAGCGGUGUCCUCUCGGUGCGUGUGGAUCCCAUCGUUCGCUUGUGGAUUUCAGUACAGUUUGAGCGCAGACCAGGAUGUAGUUAAUCAGAUCGAAGAUCGGAUCUGCCCCAAAGGAAACAAAAUUAAACCUUCUUCAAUACGAGUACACACUUUCUACCAUUACCAAUGGACCGUCUAUUCACCCGAAAACGAGUUGUCGUAAUAGCCACGAUAGAAUUACACGAAACAAAAGUUGUCAUAAUUAAUAACCCCAAAACGGAUUGAAUUGGACGUGAAUGUAUAUCAGUAUCAGCAGCUGAAAUUAAACUACAAAAAUAAUAAACACCUACACACACUUUAACAUUUCACUAGCGGGGAACUCACCUAGCAAAACUCGGUAGAAAACAGAGAAAUUUUCAUAAGUGUAAUUCCGAAACAAACGAUCCAAACA